UCCCGCGGAGAUCAGCGCCUUCACCCCAGUGCCCUUAAAGCGGGGGGGGCGGGUAAAAAACCCGCCCUUCCGUGGAGCGGCCCUUCGCCCGGCUUUCCCCCGGGGACAGGCGCUUUCCCCGCCGGCGGGGCUGGUUUCGUUUCCCGCUGCCUCCUCCUCCUCCUCUUCCUCCUCCUCCGCCGCCGCCGCCCGCCCUUCUCCGCGCUGCCGCCGGCCCCGCUCCCCGUCUCCCGGCGAUGCUGCGGCGCUGCCCCCCGGGCCCGCCGGGGCCCUCCUCGCCCCUCCGCCGAGCCCUGCCGCCCGCCGCCCCCGCCGUCCGACACCGCCUGCGGGAGUGCGCGGCGCGGAUCCCGGAGGCCGGAGCGGUCCUCGACCUGCUGGAGAAGUGUCCCGAGCACCAGAAGAAAGGGGGGUUUCCCGUGGUGGUGUUUGAGGGGCUGGAUGCCACGGGCAAAACCACUGUAACUCAGUCUGUUAAGGACACCCUGAAUGGCAUUCUGCUAACGUCCCCACCACCUUGCAUCAGCCAGUGGAGGACAAUAUUUGAUGAUGAGCCAGCACCCAUUAAAAGAGCAUUUUAUGCUGCAGGCAACUACAUUCUUGCAUCAGAAAUAGCGAAAGCAUCCACUCAAGCACCUGUGAUCAUAGACAGGUACUGGCACAGCACAGCUGCCUACACAAUUGCCACUGAAAUAAACGGGGAAGUCCAGGAUCUUCCACCAGCUCAUGAUGAGGUGUACCAGUGGCCUGAGGAUCUGCUUAAACCCGACCUUGUUCUUCUCCUGACUGUUGACCCUGAGGAGCGAGUCCGGAGACUUCAGCGUCGAGGUCUGCAGAAGACAAAGGAGGAAGCUGAGCUGGAAGCUAACUGCUUGUUUCGCCAGAGAGUUGAAGAGUCAUACAGAAGGAUGGUAAAUCCUGCGUGCCAAGAGGUCGAUGCCAGCCCCUCCAAGGAAGAGGUUCUCAAGACAGUGCUACAGCUAAUUAAGAAACACUGUGCAACUUAAAAGAUACUUUUUAGUGCACGUAAAAGACACUUUUUAUUGGUUUUGGUACCUGAAAAAGCACUGCAACAUGUUUCUUCCCACAGAAGAAUCUUCUCUUUGUUGUGUUUGACAGUGAUCUGUGCAGGUUGUCUGUUUCACUGUUGCCUACUGUACUUUUCUGUGUAAGGCAAAAUACUACUCACAUGUUACUCAGCAUUCUUAGUGAAGCCACAAACAUAUUACAGUCAUGCACCAAGUACCUCAGAGUGCUCUCUGACACUGUGACAUUUCAGGAUGCUGUUUCGUCGCAUCUUCAUCACCAGGAGAACCUGUUCCCAUAUCCAUUGUGUACCAGAAUUCACUGGACUGCAGCAGGAGCUGUGGGUGCCCAAGGAGGGGCUGAAAUGUCAUCUACCAGUAAAACGAUAAAAGGAUCAUAACAAUGAGGAACAGAGAAUCCAGUGGCCCAGUGGUGUUUGCUGGAAUAGAGGAUGGUGAGCUGCUGCUGUGAUGGGUGUCCUGCAAAAAAUGUGUCCCAAAUGAGGGCCAAUAAGCCUCUAGACCUCUAACUAGUAAAGUCCAAGCCUGUCAACAUAUGCUCUGCAAAGGCUAAUUUUUCUGUAUUUUAGUUUCACUAUUGUUACUCCUAAGUGUAAAACUAAACAUACGGGUAAGCCUUUGUGGGAUCAGAAAUGAACUGCAGAUCCAGAAAGAACAUAACUAAAAUGUAAAUUUGAUUAAAAACACUAUUUUACUUACUUUCCUGUGUUAAGCAAGUGCAGUUGUCAGUGAAUCAGUCCCAUAAAUAAAAAUAUACUCAGUACUGCAGUUCCUAUAUACAAUCUGUAUAUGCAAGAUGAUAGAAAAACUUCUAAAAAUACAUUUUAUUCAUGCACUGUUUAAUGUUUGUGAAUAAAUGCUAUUAAUGUAAUACAUUUAUACCUACUAUAAAUAAACACACUUGUAUUUGUUA